GGAUUUCCAAAUGAGUGAUUUUGAUGGAAACUUCAUGGAAACGACUUCGUGUUGGGCACCACCGUCCAGUCCUAGCCCAAGAACGAUAUUAGCGAUGCUGAAUCAAACCGACAAUGGUGUAAAUCGGAUCAGCGACAUCUUCCCUCAAACCGACUCAUCAAGAUCCCAUCAGUCUGAACAAAGAUCCAGUCGUCUCGGGGAGAGAUUAACUGCAAGAAUGGGAUUUACUCUUCCUCCACUACACACAGAGAACAUCAGUCCCUUUGCUGCAUUUUUCAGGAACACGACUGUUCCUUCUCCUGUCGUCGCAAUCUCUCCAGGAUUCAGCCCAUCUGCACUGCUGCAAUCUCCAAAUGUGUUCUCUAAUUCUUCACAGAUUAUCCCACCGUCUCCAAUCGCCAAUUACGAGUCUACAGAAACUGUGGAAAGUCCCGGUGAUAACCAUGCAGCGGCGAUGGAGUCCAACAACGAUCUUCCUCAUCAGCCGAUGCACGUUGAUCUGCCUCCUCAAGAAAGCUCUGAUGAUACUCCCAUGGAAGAGUCCGUUUACAUCCCAUCUCAUGUUGAUCCCACUGAUGCUCCUUUGCUUGAGGUAUCAAGCAUGAUUGGAGCCACAAGAACAAGCAAGAACCAAAGGGUCAUCAUUCAGAUGGAAUGCGAAGAAGACCAUCCUGACGAUGGUUUUCGCUGGAGGAAGUACGGUCAGAAAGUUGUCAAAGGGAAUCCAAAUCCGAGGAGUUACUACAAAUGCACAUACACUGAGUGCAACGUGAAGAAACAUGUGGAGAGAGGAGCAGACAAUGUGAAGUUAGUGGUGACUACAUACGAUGGGAUACACGAGCACGCUGCACCAGCUGCACGCCCAACCAAUCCCGGUCCAAAGUCUCGGCCCGGUUCAUCAAUGCCUCAAGAUCCUAGCAAUCGAACCGCUCGGUUAGGCAGGCCGCCUUCUUCGUCUUCGGCCUUUCAAGGUAUGAGGCCUUCUUCUUCCUUGGGCCCACCACUUGAUUUGACACAGAUGUACAUUAGUGGGCUCUCUAAGCUGCCAACUUUACCGGUUCACCAGAAUCCUGGUUUUAUGAACCGGAAUGUUGAACCGAGGACUGAUGUGAUACCGGACGGUACAGAGGUAUACCAGGGGAUCAUGCAUCAGCUGUUUCUUCAGUAUGGUGUGUCCAACUUCAGAUCG